AUGCCUUCGCCACAAAGAAUCAUCGAGAUGCAGAAGUUCUAUCAGUCUUCUAAGAAGCCUAUCUACAUGGCUCACCCAAGGGCCAAGUACUACCUCGUGCCAUAUGCCAUUGGUUUGACCCUCUCUGUGUCUGCCAGUUUAUACUACACCGGCCGUGCUGUGUUUGGCAUCAAGGAUAAGAAAUAA